AUGUUUUCUUUUCUUCCCUUGUCAACGAAUCAGGGGCGCGCGAUUUUUGAAAGUGGGAGCCCAUUUCCGCCAGUCGAAUAUAAGGGCAAAGUGUUCGUGCCUGGCCAGUCGAAUAAUGCAUACAUAUUCCCUGGGUUUGGCCUAGGUUUAAUAAUGUCUGGUACCAUUCGCGUGCACGACGAUCUUCUUCUGGCUGCAUCUGAGGCAUUGGCUGAACAAGUAACAGAAGAAAACUUUGAGAAGGGUCUGAUAUUUCCACCAUUCACAAACAUCAGAAAGAUUUCAGCUCACAUUGCUGCCAAAGUUGCUGCUAAGGCUUAUGAGCUUGGUUUGGCGACUCGUCUUCCUCAGCCGAAAGAUUUGGAGAAGUUUGCUGAGAGUUUUUAUCUUAUGAACAUGACAACAAAUGUUCGUAUUUGGAAAGCCUUGAACUCACAAUCAGACGGUGACCACCUUGGCCUUAUUAAAAAAGUGUUGCGGCCUUGUCAUGAUGGUGGAGAAAACUGCAAAUUUUGUAGCCAGAAGAAGCUGUUUCAAGCUGUGUUGGUAUCACAGGAAGACAUAAUUCCUUCUUGCUUUCUACCAUCAAACUCUGAAAUUGAUGAUUUCUUGAAAAUACUCAGUUUGCUUUCCAGUUCUAUUUUGCUUCCUGAACUCAAUGGGAGAAAUCAAAUAGAAAAGUUUUGCUUGUCCAAUGCAUGUCUGGUUUUGUGCACUGUUUCUAGUUCUAUUAAACUCUACACUGAUGGAAUGACUCAGGUAAAGUUUCUAGUAAUUGACGAAGCGGCCCAGUUCAAAGAGUGUGAAUCCACAAUCCCCUUACAGCUACCUGGUCUUCAGCAUUGCAUUCUUAUAGGUGAUGAGAAGAAACUGCCAGCACUGGUGAAAAGCAAGAUUGCUGAUAGUUGUGGAUUUGGAAGAAGUAUGUUUGAGAGAUUGGUAAUAUUAGGGUACAAGAAACAUAUGCUUAAUGUUCAGUAUCGAAUGCAUCCAAACAUAAGCUUAUUUCCAUGCAAAGAGUUCUAUGAUCAAAAGAUCUCAGACGCCCCUUUUGUUAUGGAAGAAAGCUACAAUAAGAGUUUCCUUGAAGGAGAAUUAUAUUCGUCUUAUUCUUUUAUUAACAUUGCUAAGGGUAAGGAGAAAUCUGGCCGCGGACACAACUUGAUGAACAUGGUUGAGGUUGCUGUCAUUUCUGAGAUGAUUAAAAACCUCAAAAAAGAGUUUAAGAGGACACAAGAGAAAGUUAGCAUUGGAGUUAUCUCUCCAUAUAAUGCUCAAGUCUAUGCAAUCCAGGACAAAAUCAAUCAAAAAAAGGAACUCGACAAGAAAGUGUUCAAAAUCGGGCAAAAGUCAACGAAGAAGAUGCAAUCACAAAUAGAGAAGAAGAAAAAGCAAUGUAUCAAUGAAGAUGUUGAAAAGGACGAUAUAAAUGAUGAAAUUCAAGAGGACGACAUAAAUGAUAAAAUUCAAGAGGACGACCUAAAUGAUAAAAUUCAAGAGGACGACGUAGAUGACGAAUUUCAAGAGGACGACAUAGAUCUAGAUGAUGAAUUUCAAGAGGAGGAUAUAGAUGGUGAAUUUCAAGAGGACGACGUAGAUGAAGAAUUUAUGGAGGAUGACAUAUCUAACGAAUUUCAAGAGGACGAUCUGGAUGCUUUACUCCUAGAAGACAAACUUGAAUGA